AUGGCGCCUUCAGUUUCAGAUAUCGUACCUCCCGUCACAGACGCUAUUGCCGAUCUCAAGUUAACAGCUACGAAAGAGGAUAAGGGCCCUUCAUACCCAUUCUACUACCCCUAUUAUGACCCGAACGAGAAAUUCCCUCCAACGCAAGUCUACGAGCACACGGACCCCGGUGCCAAGGCGGACCGUGCAAAGCCACACCUAUUGACGCCCGAGACAAAUGUCACCCAUCUGAGCCCUUUUCUCGGGACCGAGGUCUCCGGUGUGCAAAUUUCCCAAUUGAGCGAGGAGGGUCUCAAUGAGCUCGCUCUGUACGCCGCGGAGAGGAAGGUCCUUAUCUUCCGCAAUCAAGACUUCAAGGAUAUAGGACCUGAUAGGCAGAUCGAGAUCGCCAAGCACUUUGGACGAAUUCAGAGACAUCCGACCUCGGGGAAUGUCAAGGGGUACCCAGAGUUCCACGUCGUUUAUCGGGGUUCUGAACAUGACAUGCUGAAGGAGAUUAUAUCUGACGAACGCAUCAAUCGCACUCAAUGGCAUUCCGACGUUUCCUACGAGAAACAGCCCGCCGGAACCACAUUCUUCUUCAUUCUAGAUCAGCCAGCAGUCGGCGGUGACACCCUAUUUGCUUCUCAGGUAGAGGCAUACAACCGUCUUUCCCCCGAGUUUAAGAAACGCCUCGAAGGCUUGCGUGCCCAAGCAGAGUCCUCCCGCAGGCGUGGUGGGGUUGUGCGUCGAGAGCCUAUACUGACUGAGCAUCCCCUCGUUCGCCGGCACCCCGUGACCGGGGAAAAAGCACUCUACGUGAACCAGGGCUUCACUCGCCGUAUCGUCGGCUUCAAGACGGAGGAAUCUGAGUACCUCCUGAAAUUCUUGUUCGACCACAUUGCAAAGGGCGCAGACUUCCAGAUUCGUGCGAGGUAUGAGGCUGGCACUGUUGUUGUCUGGGACAACCGAGUCACUGCCCACUCUGCGACUGCAGACUUCAAUCUUGGUGACAGGAGGCAUGCAGUUCGCCUCACUCCUCAGGCAGAGGUUCCGACCGAGUAA